AUGGCGAUCGCUGGAGAUUUCGAUAAGGUUUAUCCAGAGAAAUUAUGAUAAUUGGGGAUUUUCUUAAAGGUCUUCACAAUCGGGCCCGUUUUCCGUGCCGAGGACUCGAAUACCCAUCGGCACAUGACCGAAUUCGUCGGAUUGGACAUCGAAAUGGCCUUCAAUUUCCAUUAUCAUGAGGUUUGUUGGGGUGGGAAGAUGUUUUUAGAAAGGUUUUUGGUAUGGAAAUAAAUGGAAAAAAAUAAAGUUUUCAAAUGGAAAAUUUUUAUAAACUGUUUUUGACUAGCUCAGGAAUUCUAGAGUGCUCCCUAUGAGGACGAGGAAGAAAAACAGCCCCUUUUGGGACCGAAGAAGUGAUCCCUAUAGGGGUAAAAUCAAGGUGGUCCCUUUAAGGCUUCAGAGUCUCACCCCUCAACCCCUAAAGCUCAAGUGGUCCCUACGGGGGUCGUUAUUUAUUCAAAAAGGUUAUUUUUUUCAGUUUUUGCAUGGAAAUGCUUCAUAAAGCUCAUAGAAUUUAACGACUAGCAUUUCCCCUAUAGGGACCACUUUUUUUCAGCCUUUAAUGGUCCGCUCUGGAGCAAAUUUGUUGGGCAAUUCAAAAACUAGAAAUCCUCUCGAUGAAAAAGAAAAAAAUCCGGAGAUUUUUCUUUUUCUCUACAGAAAAAAAUCGAUUAUUUAAAAUUGGCAUCAAGAGCCAUUUUCGAGGAAAUUUUUGUACAUCAAGCUUCAAAGUCAGUCGGAUCGAUAUAAUGUAACUUUUUUUGAUUAGAAUUCUAUAUCUUGAUGAGAAAAAGUAAAUUUUUUUCGAUUUUUAAGUAUUAAUUUCGGCUCUUAAAGCUUUAAAAUCUUUAUUUUGAAUGAAUUUACAAGAAUAAGGAACUGCUGAGCUCUUUUUGGUCCCUAGAAAAUCCCGAUUUUUCUUUCCGAUCAAAAAAAGCUUGAUCCGUCAAUAAUUCCCCACAAAGUUGAUUUUCAUAAAUAGAGCUCCAAAAGCUUCCAACUUCGUAGUUGACUUUUUGAAGUAUUUCAAUUUUCGUUUAAAAAAACCAACCUUGCAAGAACUUUUAUUAUUUUUUUCUAUAAUGGAUUAGCAUAGUGAAUAUUUAAAAAAACAAUAAUUUUUUUCAAUAAUUUUCCUGAUUUUUCUUUUUCUUUGUCAACGAACUUUAAUUUGAUGAAAAAAAUGAUUUAUUUUUACUGAAAUUCACUAAAAAAAUUGUCAUUUUUAUUAAUUGGUGUAUAAGAUUCCGAACCCUCAAGAUAAUAAUCAUAAAAAGGUAUAUAAAUGAAUUUUUUUGUUGAUCCAAUUGAAAAAAUUUAUAUUUCUGUUCAGGUCCUCGAGACGAUCGGCGAAGUUCUCACGGAGAUUUUCCGAUCCCUUCAAUCUCAAUUCGCUGACGAAAUCGCCGCCGUCGGACGGCAAUACCCGGCUGAACCGUUCGAGUUCUGCGAGAAGCCGCUCAUUUUGAAGUUCGUGGGAGGGUCAUCAGCUCAAAAAAAUUUUUUGGCUUGUUCAGUAAAGAAAAUUCGGGAUAUAAGGCCUCGAAAUUGCUAGAAAUCUUCUUCUAUCCGUUAAAAACACCCUUGAGGCAUUGAAAAUUUGGACUUUUAAGGUUUUCAAAGCGUCUCUGUGUACAUAUUCGAGUUUCAAAGCCUGAAAAAGGCCGAAAAUGUUCUUAUUCUCUUGAGGAACCACUUUAAGGUGUUAUAAAUCUGAUUUUUAUUCUUUUCAUAGUUCUUUUUGAAUAGUAAAUCCGAGUUUUAAUGCCUCCAAGUUGCCAAAAAUCGCCUUAUUUUUUUUUUAAAUUAUUAUCUCAUCCGAGGCUUUGUAAAUAAUCUUUUUCUCAUCGUCUUUACAUAGAAUCGAGUUCAAAGGUAUCAAAAAAAGCCAUAAUCAACUUAUUUCCUUAAAACACCCUUGAGGCCUUAAAAAAAUUCAAUAUAUUCCUUUUUUUCAAGACCCGUUUUUUUGCAUUUUUGCAAUUUAAGCUUCUGUCUGUGGAAGUUCUACAAUUAUUUUCGAGCCUUGGAAUAUUAUUUCAAAUAUCUUUGUAUUUUUAGAAUUUAAAUAUCAAAAAGAAGAUGUUUCAUAUAGAAACCCUGAAGUUUUUUUUUCAAAGCUCCAUUGAAAACAAUUUUUUUUAAUUUGAAGGCUUUCUUACGCUAAAAUGUUUCAUUACGGGUAUUUUUAAUUUUUAAAAGCCUAAAAUUUGUAGGAUUUGAAUGAAAAUGAACAGUUAUUGCUAUCCAGAUACCCGGACGCCGUUGCUCUACUCCGGGAAAACGGUGUUGAAAUCGGCGACGAAGACGAUUUGAGCACCCCGGUUGAGAAACAACUCGGACGUUUGGUCAAGGUGAAAAUCUGAAUCAGAAAAAAUAUUCAAGCUUUUUUUCUUAGAAAGACCUACAUUUGAAUGAAAAAUAUCACUUUUGAAAAGUAAAAUGGAAUUACUGUUUCAGAAAAGAUAAUUUACAAAAAAAACUUUUCGGAUGGAAUUCGGUUUUUGAAGUAUUUUUCAAUGAGUUCAUCUACAGUUUAAGAAGAAAUGAUUGUAUUAAAAGUUGGAAGAGUAAAUUGCAGGACAAAUACAAGACGGACUUCUACAUCCUGGACAAGUUCCCCCUGGCCGUCCGUCCCUUCUACACGAUGCCCGACCCUCAGGACAAACGAUACUCCAACAGCUACGAUAUGUUCAUGAGAGGUACGGAAAGUGGCCUGAAAAGAAAUUAUUUUGGACUUUGAAUAGGAAAUAUUGAAGUUUUAAUUAUUGAGAGGCCGAAAAAUGACUCAUUUUGUACAUUAAACCGGAAAAAGUGAAGUUUUAAAGCUUGAAAGGUUCAAAAAUCUUUGAAGAAAAACAGCCCUUAAAGGGGACAAAGUAGGGCUAAAUUUUAGAUGGUCCCGUUAGGGAUUAGGAUCCGACCUCAACCCCCAAAAGCUCAAGUGACCUUAGUGAUCUUAUGAAAGCUACAAAGACGUAUUUAACGAAACUUCAUCGAGUUUUGCGAUUUUCGUCCCUCCAGGGAUCAAAAGCAUGAUCGCCUAGAGUUCCUACUAACUAAACCCCCUAGAGUGACCCUUUUCGCGAACUUCAGUGCCCUUAUUGGGAAAUUAAGCUGAAUCCUAGAGGGAACUUUCAAGAUGCGCUAAUGUCGCCCCUCUAGGGUCCACUCUGGUGUUCGUAAGUUACUCAACUAAAAAGCUCAAUUAGCUGAGAAAGAGGAAUUUGCUUUGAAGACGUUCUAAAGCAGUCUGACCUUUUUUGCAGUCUGACCUUUUUUGCAGUCUGACCUUUUUUGCCAGUCUGACCUUUUUUGCCUUUCUUGUGUGGUCGGGCUCCUUGCGCUCUCAAAUUUUUUUCGCGGCCCUGUUUUUUCCCCUUGUUUUUUGGACAAUGACCGAUGGUGUUAAAAAACGCCCGCAUUCUGAAGUCAGGGAUGAUUCGUUCUCGUCCAUUCCUGAUGAAGAUGAUGAUCUAAAUACGUUGGACACCCGUGCUCUUCUUAGACGUGUUUUGUCCGACAACAAAGCCAUCAAACAAGCUCAUGCUGAGCUUGAACUUCGUUUUGCCGACCUCAUCAAGCAAAAUGCCACACUUAUCGCCCAAUGUACGCUCCUGAAUGCAGAGAACCAAGUGCUCCUAGCGGAAAACAAGACUCUCAAGCUGUCCUUUCCGAUAAGUUCAACCUCUAUGCCAUCUACAGCCACUCCUCAAGACCAGCCGUCUUCGGUUCCCGAAAUUGUUAAAUUGUCUUCACGUGUCAAACUCUCCAGAGAAGUCGCUUCUAUGAACCAGAAAAGUUACCUGGCCGUUGUCGAACGCCUCGACGACUCCAAAGACAAAAAACAAGACGACUCCGACAAAUCUUUCAUCAACGACGUGUGCAUCGAAGCCGAACUGCCCUGUCCGAUUAAAGUAUUCCGACAUGAAUGUGACUCCAAACGUCGACCUCUAAAAAUCAAGUUUGAAUCCACACGGGUUCGUGAUCUAUUUAUCCGUCGUUUCCGGCAUACACUUGAAAACAUGCCGUUUUCACAAAAAAUUGCUCCUCGCUGCCGUAGAGAUAUGACGCUUACUGAAUUGUCCUUAUUACGCAGCUUGAGGAAAAAAGCCUAUGAAGAUAACGUUAAAGCGGGAAUUUUCAAGUUUUACGUGCGCGAUUUGGAAAUCGUUGAGUCGGACACUCCCAGACCGUUUACAGUUUGGUCUCGUGAAGAUGACGCGGCGCCAACCAAAAGUGACGCGCCCGCCGUAAACAAGACUCCCGCGCCCGAGUCCUGUGCCAUGGAGGCAUAGGUCAAAACUUCUUCAGCGCUUGCCGAAUACACCUCGGUCAUUUCGUCCACUCUCCCCCCACUCCUUCCCGCCAUCCGUGGUCAAUUUGAUUCUCAUCCUCCUGAUUUACUUUCUACCCCCCGAACGGAUGGUUUGGACGUGGUUGAGCCCUUCAUAGCGGCUCCAUCAGUUUCAUGGGCCCGAUCUUUUUUUCUACUCAUGUAUAUGAUAUUUCGUCUGAUGUGAAUGAUAUUUUUUUAAACUCUAACUCUAAUGUAAAUUCUAUAAAUUCUAAUGUGAAUAAUAACUCUAAUGUGAAAAAAGUCGAAUCUUUUGACCUCAAAUGUUUACUCAUUAAUACUAGAUCAAUUUCUGACCGCACUUCCAGUGUCCUCAUAGAUGGAGUUAUUUCCGAAAGAAAAUUUAACGUCGUUUCUGGAGUACUUCAAGGAACUGUCACGGGGCCCCUCCUUUUCUUAAUUUUCAUCAAUGAUCUUCCUAGUAUUUUUGACAGCUCUGUGACUUCCUACCUUUUUGCGGAUGAUCUCAAAAUCUCUUCGAAUAACUCUAUCGAACUUCAAGAAAAUAUCAACAAGUUAUUGGAAUGGUCCAAAACAUGGGGUCUGCCUUUGGCUGGCAACAAAACAACCGUCCUUCACCUAGGUAGAAACAAUCCUGAGAACAUUUAUCUAGUAAAUGGAAAUCCUAUAAGAUCUGAAAGUGUGGUUAGAGACCUUGGUCUUUUGAUUGAUAAAGGACUCACCUUCGAUUCUCAUAUUAAUCAUGUUGUCAACAUUGCUAUGUUGAAAUCUCGUCAACUUCUUAAGGCUUUUUCACAUGUCGGCUUACCGCAAUAUAAGCUUCUCUUCAAUCUUUAUGUACGUCCUUACCUCGAAUACGCCUGUGAAGUCUUUAACCCACCCCUAACCAGUGCCCUCUCCUCCCAACUUGAAAAACCUCUCCGUUUCUUCACCAGAGAGGUGUUUAUUAGAAGAAAUGUUCGUUUUAAUUCAUAUUCUGACCGUCUAAGUGUACUCGGCUCUGUCCAUGCUUUCCGAAGGAGAAUAAUCAUUUCUCUACUAACUCUCCAAAAAUUAGUCCUGGGCUCCUACCACUUUCCAAGUGCAGAUAAUUUCUUCAGAAGAACUGAUUCACCUCGUUUCCCAAUGAGACUCAUACAGACAGGUCCUCGUUUUAUCAGUUUCUUCAGUACAGUCAUUCCUAUUUGGAACAGACUGUGCUCAAGAUUCGACAUGAACACUUCAGCCUCCCGCUUCAGGAAUUUUCUCGACUCUCUCGACAACAAUGAACUACUCGCAAGUGUGCCCAACAGACUGCUCUAAAAAAAAAUAAAAUCCGAAACUUCUGUUCUCAAUCUUCAAUACGUGUAUCCCAUCCCGGUAAAUCGCUCGUUGGGGCGUUUGUAUAUCGGGUUUCGCUUCACUCAAAUACUUUCUAUUCUGUAUCUGUAUUUUUGUGUUUGAGUGAAAUAAAUAAAUAAAUAAAUAAAGCAUGUUUCCGACGGUUUUCUAUCCAAAAUUUCGAAAGUCGAGAACUUGAAAAGCUAUGGUAUAGUCCUGAGAAUUCCAAAAACCGCGAAAAAGUUUCGGUGCUGUGAAUGAGAAAAAAAUUGGAGAUUAACGCCUCAAAAAUUUAAAAAAAACCAUCUUUUUCAUGGCUUAAAAUCAACUUUGAGGUGUUAAAAAUUGACUAAAAGACAAGAUUCCUUAAAUUUUAUCCUCAAGCUCGAAAAAUUCUUCAAGUUGAGAGGGAAAUUUCAUUAUUUUUUCUCGAAAAGACAUUGAUUAUUCAACCAAGAACGUUGAAGGCGAGGAGAUCCUGUCGGGAGCCCAGCGAAUCCACGAGCCGGAGAUGCUCAUCGAGCGCGCCAAACACCACGCCGUCGACCUCGCCAAGAUCCAGGCCUACAUCGACGCCUUCAAGUACGGCUGUCCGCCUCACGCUGGCGGCGGCAUCGGUGAGCCAUUUCAGAGGAUUUUGAAGGGGUAUUUUAGGGAGAAAAAUGAAUUUUUUGGGUUUUUUUUGUUGAAGUCAAGGAGGAAUUUUAGUGAAGUCAAUAGAGCGCCAACUUGAUUUUUUAAACCUCCCAACUCUUCCCUUCGAAACGGGCGGCCUGUCUCUGGGCAUGCGCCUUAAAUGCAACCCAAGAACUUCCGUUAUUAAAGGCGCAUGGACAGAGACCAUCCGCGUGCAUCGAAGGGAACACGGUCGGCUUGUCUUUGUGCAUGCGCCUUUAAUAUAACCAAAAAGCUUCUAUUAUUAAAGGCGCAUGGAAGGAAACACGGUUGACUUGUCUCUGGGCAUGCGCCUUUAAUUUAACCCUCAAAACACCGUUAUUAAAGGCGCAUGUAGAAAUACCGGCGCAUCUCGAAGAAAUGGGUUUUUAUUAAAUCGGAGGGUGAUAAAAAUCGUGAGAAAUGAAGUUUCUGCUCUAUAUACCAGAAAUUUCAUAGCUUCAAAAAAUGAUCGUGAGCCCCUUUUAACUUGAAAAUCUAGUCAUAACACUUGUUUUUUGCUCUUUUUUAAAAUGUCGAAGGAAAAUUGCACUUUUUGAGCAUUUUUUUCUUUAUUUUUGACGUAAAUUCUCAGUUUUCCAGUAUUUCUACAAACUAGGGCCGAAUUUAAUCGAAUUUGACGCUUUUGAACCUUCUUUUGUAGGUCUCGAACGUGUGACGAUGCUCUUCCUGGGCCUGGGCAACAUUCGGCUGGCCUCCUUGUUCCCACGCGACCCCAAGCGUAUCACCCCUUAG